GGAGUGUGUAACGAUGGGCGUUAAGAACUAUAGUAGCCCUCGGUAAGUGUUACUAAGUAGAGGUAACACCUAUCCAAUGGAAGCUACUAGAAGCCCAAUCCGUCAAGAAAAGUCUAGACCCGUCAUGUAAGUAACUCAGUCGCCUCGGUUACCAUAAAAGCCGAAGAAAACACUCCGCCGCGCUCACAUAGAGAAAGAAAAUGGACGCAUCAAAACUCAAUCAAUUGAAGCAUUUCAUCGAACAGUGCAAGUCCAACCCUUCCCUCCUCGCCGAUCCUUCACUUUCUUUCUUCCGCGACUACCUCGAAAGUCUCGGCGCUAAGCUUCCCGAAUCUGCACACUCUAAAUCGAGGGACGUGGAGAGCGAUGACGACAUAGAGGAUGUUGCGGAGGAACAAGAGAAGGUGGAAGAAGUAGAGGAAGAUGAAAUAAUUGAAUCCGAUGUUGAGCUCGAGGGUGAAACAUGCGAGCCUGAUGAUGAUCCUCCACAGAAGAUGGGAGACCCCUCUGUCGAGGUCACUGAAGAGAGUCGAGACGCUUCGCAGAUGGCAAAAGUUAAAGCCAUGGAAGCUAUUUCUGAAGGUAAGCUGGAGGAGGCAACUGAGAGCUUAACGGAAGCAAUUUUACUCAAUCCUACCUCUGCCAUAAUGUAUGCAACUAGAGCCACUGUUUACAUCAAAAUGAAGAAACCCAAUGCUGCUAUCCGUGAUGCGAAUGCUGCUUUGGAGAUUAAUCCCGAUUCUGCUAAAGGAUACAAGUCACGUGGCAUUGCACGAGCAAUGCUUGGUCAAUGGGAAGAAGCUGCAAAGGAUCUUCAUGUGGCUUCAAAGUUGGACUACGAUGAGGAAAUAAAUGCUGUACUUAAAAAGGUGGAGCCAAAUGCUCACAAGAUUGAGGAACACCGUCGGAAAUAUGAAAGGCUGCAUAAAGAAAGAGAGGAGAAAAGAAAGGAGCGUGAGAGGCAACGCCGUCGUGCUGAAGCUCAGGCUGCAUAUGAGAAAGCUAAGAAGCAAGAGCAAUCAUCUUCCAGUAGAAAUCCUGGAGGCAUGCCUGGUGGGUUUCCUGGGGGCAUGCCAGGAGGCUUCCCAGGUGCUGGGGGCAUGCCAGGAGGUUUCCCAGGUGCAGGGGGCAUGCCAGGAGGUUUCCCAGGUGCAGGGGGCAUGCCUGGAGGAUUCCCAGGUGCAGGGGGCAUGCCUGGAGGCUUCCCAGGUGCAGGCGGCAUGCCUGGAGGGGUGCCAGGAAAUGUUGAUUUUAGCAAGAUCUUGAAUGAUCCUGAUCUGAUGACGGCAUUUAGUGAUCCAGAGGUUAUGGCUGCUCUUCAAGACGUUAUGAAGAACCCUGCUAAUUUGGCCAAGCAUCAAGCAAAUCCUAAGGUGGCUCCUGUAAUCGCGAAAAUGAUGAGCAAAUUUGGAGGUCCCAAGUGAACACUGAGAUCUCAACAUUCCAGGCCUCAGCCAUCGGAAAUUUUAAGUUUAUUGAUAUUGCAUUUUUCAUUUUAACAAAUUAUCAAACUUUUUACAGUUUGUACGGCCUGUUUCGUAGGUGCUUAGUUCCUGUUGGUAGCCAUGUUUACUUGUCAACAAUGUAAUAUUUAUUUUCCUGAGUGAAUUUGAUUGUUUAAAGUUGAUAUUUUUGUAUUUCAGGAAAAUAAAAGUUUCUUUGCUUCGUUUA